AGAAGAACGUGCAUCGUUUGCAUUAAAUAUUAAGAAGUGUCCCUUUCCAGGGUAUGGAGCCGCCCUCUAUGACGGUGAAGGCGGGGAUCGUUGUGACGUCUGGGGAGGAGCGCGCGCCCGCCCGCCCCUGGAGACGGCUGUGUUUUCGCACUUCAUGGCAGCAGCGAGUGCUGCAGUCGGCUCUAUUAUCAACGUAGUCCCGACCGCGACUUUUCAGAGCCCUAAACACACAGAGAAUGAAGAGCAGCACAGGCUUCAUGGCAGCGAUCUCCUGAGGUCGGGCCGCGGGAUGAGCGCUAGCCCGACUCCGGAUCCCGCUCGCGGGUGGCCCCUAGGUUCCAACCCCCCAAAAGCAGCGCAGGAGCUGGAGGAGGAGGAGCAGCAAGCGGUCAUCCUAAGGCAGCUGCGGGGAGGCCAGGGGCUCGAAGCUAUUAGGGCUCUCCGUGCCCACCUCCAUCGGUACGGAGGAAGACUGUCGCUGAAUAACGGGCAGGAGGUACUGGAGGAGCUAGUGGCGCUGCUGCAGCAGAAAAACGGUCGCAGGGAAGUGCGAGCCUCGUGCUUACAGCUAGUGUCGGAGCUAGUGCAGGCGCCAGGAGAGGAGUUCGAUAGUUUCCGAUUGGCGAUCCUGCCGGGCCUGGUACGUGACCUGAAGGAUGAGAGUCCCGUAGUGCGCAAGGAACUGGUUCAGACGCUGCAUAAGUGCCUCAAGUUUAGUCGCAGCCCCCAGGACGUGUUUGUUGCUCUAGCCAAAUACGGGCUAGACAGUCCUGAUCCCGAGGUAAGGACUGCCACUGCUGUCACUUUACCCGUGUUUUUAACUAAGGACCUGCUUACCGUGGACCUUUACGGUCUGGUUGUUUGCCUUGCCAAGAAGCUGAGCAGUGGCGCGGAUGACCCACUGGUGGCUUUCUGCACUAUGAAUCAUAUAAGAGCACAUGUCGGACAAGAGGAAUUUAAUUCAUAUUUGAAGCGCCUGCCAUCAGCUUUGAAACAGGACUACAGUCGUUUUGUUGAAGAAAACUAUGCGCAGCUAUCCAGCAAUGGAGCUGCAAGCCACAUGGAUAAAAAUCUGGGGAUCAUGAGCCCAAGACGGACUACUGCAUUGAACAGGAGCCACACACAUCAUCCAGUUCUAGCUGCUUCCAGAGAUUCCAACAGCAGCAAGUUUGCAUUCAUAUCUCAAGAGCUCCAUGCCAGGUUGCUGAACCAAGAAGACUACAAAGCCAGAAUACAUGCAGUAGAGGAGCUCAGAUGUGCUCUACUGGACAUGGACCUGACAACUGUGCCUUCACCAAGUCUGAUUGGUUUUAUUAGUUUACUUUGUAGCCUUUUGGAUGACAACAAUUUUAAAGUGAUGCAGGGUAGUUUGGAAAUUCUGGCACUUUUAGUAGUAAAAUUGGGCCCCAAUGCAGAACCAUUUCUUAGACCAAUAGUAUCUGCGACAGUAAAGGUGCUGGGCGAUAGUAAAGUGGUUACCAAACAAGAGUGCAUGAAUGUCUGCAUGGGUCUGAUGAAAACUGUUGGUCCUCAAAAGCUUUUAGAUCUUUUAUUGGAAAACAUUAAACAUAAAAACUCAAGGGUUAGAGAGGAGGUAAUCAGUAUCAUCAUCGCUUCACUUCUUACAUUCCCCAGUGAAGAUUUUGACCUGCCAAAACUUUGCUUUGCUGUGGCACCCUCCUUAGCUGACAGCAAAAGAAAAGUGCGCCAUGCAGCAUUGGAAGUCUUUGCUGUCCUUGCUUCGUCCAUGGGCUCAGGAAAAAUGCAGCCUCUGGUAAAGGCUGUGGAUCAAGUGGAACUUCAGCAAGAUGUUGAAGGCCUCAUGGCAGCGGUUCAGGCCAGAUUAGCAAGAAGAGUGCUGCCAAAGCUGACUUCCCAAGGUUUGGUAGAGUAUGCUGUACCCAUACCCUCAUCUGCUGUCAGCAGAGGGAUUCACAUGGUGCCACAGGGUGCAGAUAUGGAAUGGCUUUUGGGGGGUGGAAGAACACAAAGUGCACACAGCUACCAUGGAGAACCCGAUAGCGAUCUGGGUCAGGGGUAUAUGUCACCUCUUCCCUUCUGUGAAGACCCACCUACCCACAGGAGGGUGCUGAGUGCUGGCAAAGGGAAGAACAAGUUGCCCUGGGAGAAUACAGGGAGCACAGCACCAAUUGAUCAGGUUUCCCGAGUCUACAGUGAAGUUCCCAGUUCCCCAAGGCUGAAACUGUCAUCAGCCAUGUUAGCAAAAGAUGACCCAUACCUGGCCAGAAAGAGUGCUGCAAAGUCAAUCAGGUCACUUAAUGGGCUGGAUGGCAACUGUGAAAAUUCAAGCACUUCAACAAACACAGAUGUACACCAUCCUCGUAUCUCAGGAAAGAAAGGCCUGCUAGGCUCCUCAAGGAAGAGUGGCAGUGUGGAUUCUGAACUUCAGCUUUUAGGAACCAACCAGCAGCUUGAAAAAUCUUCCCUACAUGGUAGUCUGAACUUUGUGACUAAGCAACCACGGACCUUCUACAAUCAUGCAAAUGUGGAACGAACAUUUUCCUUUCCUACGUCUGGCAGCGGCUAUGGUGUUGCUCUUCUGCCGUCCUAUCCUCUCUCCUCAGCAGGAGGUGGAUCUUUGAAUUCAGCAUCACCAGCUGUUGGCCGCCCUGUCGCAAAGGUUGCAGAACAGUGUGUCAGUCUACCCAGCACCUCCCCCGGCAAGCAAGAGAACAUUGCAAAAUCUGGCACACCACGAAGACUGCCAAAUUGCAAGGCAGAAGGCCCAUCUGCUGAAGGUAUACAAGAUAAACACUCCCCAGUACCUUUAAUGCCUGCACUAGUCAGAUCACCUUCACAUCGUGGUCUUGGAGUCACCAAGCCAGUUCCUCCCAUACCUCGAAAAUCAAGUCCCUUCCAAGACUGGACAGAAGGAGCAAUUGGUGGAGACUCUAGGAAGAUGGUUUUGAAUCAAGACAUUGGGGGUGUGUGGGAGAGUAGUUCAGACAAACCAAGCAGCAAAACAUUUGAACUAAACCUGUCUGAACUUCACCUGAAAGACGAGGAUCUUGACCACGAGGAGAUGAUUAGUUCCCUCCGGUCUGUUCGCAAUAGUGCAGCCAAGAAAAGGGCAAAAAUGAGUGGAAGUGUUUCAGACCCUGACAGCCCAGAUUCAGCAUUUAAGUCAGAGCUGACUUUGGACUCUCCUUGUCGUACUUCAUCACCUUUCACCAGCCCUGUCAGCGAAAGUGGUGUUUACAGCCUGCAGGACUCUCUCAUCUCUCCAUCAGCAACUACUCCACGCAGUAGAAGGACUGGGUCUGGCCGCAAUUCUCCUUUGACUCCAAGAAUGCAUGUACCAAGAGUUUCCUCUGGACAAGCUAAAUCUUCCCAUGCCAUGGACUACACUCCAAUCCAAGGUGUUAUUUCCCGAGAUAAAGCAACUACAGACGUUAGCAUUAUUGGGCAGAGAAUGGGCUAUGCCAAUGGAUUAGUAGAGCAAGAAGAUGGCAGACAAAGGGACUCCUCUCCUCCCUUUUCUAAAAUGCAUGUCACCAAAGAGCAGCAGAAAGCUGCAAAGCAAGCCAAGGGAAUAUACAUCUCCGCAAGUGGUGCUCAGCACAUUGGCAAUCAGGAUAAUAUCUCAGGAAGUGGAAUGUCAGAAGACACUGUUGUAAUUGUAGGCAAAGGUGUCUUUGGAAGUCCUACUUCUUCACUAACAGGCAGUCAGUCUUCCAUGUCAUCUAUUGAAACAACAAACUGCAUUAACAAACCCAACACAGAACCACUCUCUGGAAUCUAUGGUAAAUCUGUUCAGCACAUCAGCUUGUCAAAUUUUGAGAACAGUGAUCCCACAGAAAAGGAGAUGAAAGUGGCCAUUUCAAAAUCAGCUCGGGAUAAGAUGAGACAGAAAAGGAAAGAAGAGAAAAUACAGAAUUACAAAGAGCAAGUAGAAAAGAGAGAGAAAAAUGAUGAUCAUUUGCGGGAGCGACUGAAGCACAUUGACCUGGAAAAGCCUCCUCCAGAAGGAUUGGCUGUAAAUGGAGAUGUCCUUCUGAAACCUAGGACAGAAUCUCAGUCUGCUGAGCUUCCACUUAGUUCACCUCCAUUGAAACGAACAUCCAGCAUCCGAAAGACUCACUCCUCCAAUGCAGGUGACAUCUCUGCUGGAUCACAGCCUCAACGGAAAGAGAGAGCUCCUUCUGUCCCAAGUAGUUCAGAGAUUAUUGACUCUUCUGAACUGAGGCCCUUCUCCAAGCCUGACCUGGCACUUGCAGAAGCAUUUAGGCUAUUGGCUGAUGAUGACUGGGAAAAGAAGAUUGAAGGUCUGAAUUUUCUGAGAAGUCUGUCAGCCUUUCAUUCAGAUGUGUUGAUGACAAAGGUUCACGAGGCAGUACUGGCUGUAAUUAAGGAGGUUAAGAAUCUACGUUCUGGUGUUUCUCGGGCAGCUGUAGUUUGCUUGGGGGACAUGUUUGCAAACCUCAAGAAAGGCAUGGACCAAGAGCUUGACAAUAGUGUGAAAGUUCUCCUGCACAAAGCUGGGGAAUCUAAUACUUUUAUACGAGAAGAUGUAGACAAAACCCUGGACACCAUGGUCAACAGUGUUACACUUGCCAGAGCGCUCUCUGCGUUGGUAACUGGAGGAGGCAGUCACUUGAAUGCAGUUGUUAGGAAAUGUGCAGCCCAACACUUGGCUGAUGUUGUGGAGAAGAUGGGACCAGGACGCCUCCUGUCUGGCAUCAAAGACAUAACAGACAAGCUUUUACCAGCUGUUGCAAAAUUUGCCCAGGAUAGCUCUCAGGAAACCAGAUUCCAUGGAAGGAGAAUGCUUUUUGUUAUGAUGUCACACCAAGACUUUGAGAAAAUGCUUGAAAAAUAUUUGCAGCCAAAAGAUCUUCCAUACAUUAAAGAAGCUGUAGGCAACCUUCGGCUAAAGGGUUUAGGAGAAAUGCCAUUGGAUGCCUCAUCUGCCAAAGGACGACGUUCCCACCUUGGCAGUGGUGGCUCCAUCCGAGCCUCCUCUAGUUCUCGAGAGCCACUCAACCUUUCAGGAAGAGACAUUGGAGAGUCAGUGUGGAAACCAUCUCCUAGGAAUCUUGUAGAAAACACUGAAUUUGUCAAGCAGCUGACAGGCCUAUUGAAUGCUAAAGACUUCAGAGACAGAACAAAAGGAAUUGAACAGCUUUUAGCAGAUUGUGAACGUAAUCCGGAUCUUAUUAUUUCAAAUAUAUUCCCGAUUUUUGAUGCCUUUAAAUCACGACUUCAUGACCCCAAUAGUAAAGUGAACCUAUUGGCACUAGAGUCAAUGCAGAAGAUAAUUAUUUUGCUUAAAGAUAAUCUGGGCCAAGUUAUCCACUUAGUGGUACCAGCUGUAGUAGAUAACAAUCUUAAUUCAAAGAAUAAUGGUAUCUACAUUGCUGCCAACAGUGUUCUACAGUGUCUUGUCGAUAAUAUUGAUAAGACCCUCCUGCUUCAGCCUUUUUGUAUGAAAGCUCAGUUUCUAAAUGGAAAGGCCAAGCAAGAUAUGACCGAAAAGGUAGCAGAUCUGGUGACAGAGCUGCAUCCGCGUAAACCUCAGGUUGUGGAACAGAAAGUAUUGCCUCUUUUGUGGCACCUCCUAGGCAACAUGACCAGCAGUGGUUCUCUUCCUGGCAAAGGAGGAAACAUUCGUGCGGCUACCAUUAAACUUUGCAAAGCGCUACAUGCGAAUAUGGGUCCGAGUUUGCUGGAUCUUGCUGCCAACCAAUCAGGACACAUCAGCAAAACUCUGCAAGAAGUACUGGAGAUCCCUACCUAAAUCCAAUGAAAUUUAGGGGGACCACAAAAAAUAAUGUUUACUUGAAAAUUUGUACAGUUGGUAUCAUUUAAUAUUCACAGUGCCUGCACUUCCUACAGCAAAGUUGAUGUUAGAACAGUGAAGUCUUGAAUCAACACUACAAAGAAAAACUCUAGAUCAGUAUCAAAACCGUAAAAGGGACUAUGAAAAAAGCAGAUCCUUUGUACAUAAAGUGCUGUUCUCCACAAAUGCAAAUGCUGUCAGCAUCAGGUUGCACUCUUUUAAUAGCAGGUUUUCCACAAUGUUUUGCUGUUUUUGCACUCCUAAAACUCGGUACAGUAAAUACUCUGUAUCCUUUCAACAUGAAUUUGUUAAGCGUUGCUGCAGAAUGUACAUUUUUAAAUGCACAAUGAUAUAAUGUUUGAAAUUUACUAUUUUUCUUCCUUCUCUUAUGAAAAGAAAAUCAUUCUGAUAACAAAUUUAUUUGGGUGUCUUAUAAUGACUGGGGGUUUGGUGUGACUCUUGUCAUGAAUUGUGAAAGAAAAACCGAAAAUGUUUUGGUUUUAUUUUUAAUGCCUCCAGAUAUUUUAAUUGCACAGUAUUAGCUUAAUCUUGCUGCUCUUACAUUUAAAUUCUUUGGGUUCGGCUCAUGUAAGGUUCUGACUGCUGUCAAGUGUUCCUUAUAAUUAAAUAAGAGGCACUAUUCAUGAUUGUAUUUCUUCUCUCGUUUAAAUAAGGCACAUCCAGCAAUUAGGCACUUGAUAAUGUUAACAGACUUCCUUAAUAUUCGCCUUAUCCAGAGCUCAUUAACUAAAUAACUAUUACCAAAUUUAAGGAAAAAAGGCAUGGCUUUUCCCAUGUGUAAGAACCAUUUGUGAAAUAGUCGUAGUUUUUUUUUUUAUGUUGUAGUAUAAGAAUUAGGGGUCUACUCAUUUUACGGAUUUCACGGAAAUCAGGAAGUUACAAUUUUGAAAAAGUAAUUGUAUAUUAGUCCGUUGUUUAUCAAAAUGUGUAUUAAAAUCAUAGCAGACUUUCAGAUUUAUUGAUUACUGCACAAAUGUGGUCAUGUGAUAAAUGCAAACCAAUUCAAAUCAUGUGAUCCUUCCAGUUUUCACAAAUUUCCAGUGUUGUGGGUGAUAUGGUAAGGUUACAUUUUUAAGAGUUAAAUAGCUAUUGCUUAAAAAAGGUACAAGAAGUAAAAGGUUUUACCGUUCCAAUAGGAAGGUGAUGAUUAAAGUAAUUUGUUUAUAUUGUAUUUUGACUCAGGGAAAGUUGCGUAGUGGUUCUUAAUGUUUGGGCACAUUUGAAUGCACCUCUACAUCAAGGUCUACCAGAGCAAGCAAGUCAAAAGGGACAGUGAUAAAAACGUGGCAAAAAAAAAAUAUCCAAAGUGGUCAUCAUUUUCACUUUUGUAGAAUGUUCUUGGUAAAAAAAAUACCAUUUGUAAGUGAGGACUACUUCCAGAACCACCUAGGAUGUGUGUGUCUCAUGAUAUUUGCAGGCAGGUUUCAUAGUAUUAUAACAUCACUGACAGAUAACCAUUCUGUUUACAUUAAGCUCCCUAUAUUGGAUGGUUACUUAACUAAGACAUAUUUUUGAUCUUGGCUCAUCUGUGGAUUUUUUAACAAUAACACAAAUUAACCAUUGUUAAGUUUUAAUGUUUAAAUGACUUCAUUAGACUCAGAUCUGCAUGGUAUGAUAUGCUUUUUACCUAAGCAAAACUUUGUAGAUGUGUUGAAGUGGUGUUAGACUAAAACUUAAUUUACCUAAUUAUUUCAAUUUUUAUUCAUAUAUUAUUCAGGUUUCUUUGAAGUAAAAGCUUAUAGUCUUUUUUUCCAAAGUGUGUAGUGAUUAUUUAAGACAGCUAAACAAAAUGUCACAAAUCCAUUCUGGUUUUUGCUUUGUAAAGCACAGAGAGCUUUCUGCAUAAUAAACUUGAUGUCACACUUGGUGCACAGGCUUCCUAAAAUCUAGGCACCUUUUCAAACAAAAAUAUUUUAAAUAAUAGAGCUUGUGUCCAUUGAUGUGGUAAUCUGUAUACAGAGCAUGGUUUUCUAAUGGCCCUUUAAAAAAUGUUGAUAAAGAGUGAAGCCAGUGUAAAUAAUACUUGUGGUAAAAGACAUUUUAGUAGCAACCAAACUAUCUUCAGAUAGUCUGGCUGCAGGUUUUUUCGUUUACAACCGACAAUUUACAAAGUGUAAUCAGUGCUGUAUAUAUUUUAAGUUUCUGUUUCCAGAAUGUAAUCUUCAUGCCACUUACUUUUUUUUCUUUGUGCAUUUCUAAUCUUUGGCCCUUUUUGGCAGUAAGAUUCCUCAUUGUCCUUAAGGCAACUCUAAAUAAUGACAAGAACAUCACGUGGAAUGUCCUGUAUAUCCUGCUUAAAGCCACGUGGUGAUGUUCAUGUCCAUUUUGAACUCUUUAGCCACAUCCCCACAAAACUGGAAAAACAGGGUCUUAUGUGAGUUUUAUAAGUGCAGUGCAUGUGCCAUCUCAGUGUGCAUCCUAGUUCUGUCACUUCAGAGACCGAGGACAGCAAAUUAAUAGUUAAUAAAUUCAUGCUCCUUAUAUUUAUAAAGUAAAAUAUAGACAGUUGGGUAAAUGUAAGAAAAUUCUUUCUAUCUAUCUAUCUAUCUAUCUAUGUCUGUCUGUCCUGUACAUAUUAUAUAUAUAUAUAUUGUAUCGUACAUUGUAAAAUAUCCAUUAAGAUUGUUAUUUAUAUGUAACUGAGCCGUGAAAAACACCUAUAGUAAUAAAUCUGUGAUCUAAGUAGACCCCUAGUAAUAAUAACGCUUGUAAAAUGAAUGUUGGUUUGCUGAAAUAAUGUGUUCAAGUUUUUGGCAUGACCAAAUCACCAAACAAACAAAAAAGAUUAAUAUUUUUGUUACAUAUUUUUAAAUGUAUACAAAUGGCUGCAAAUUUUACAAAAAUGUAGGUGUUGGAUAUAAUUCAUGUACUUGAUGUGUGAUAAAUAUACUAAAAUAAUAUUUCUUUAAUGAUUUAUACACAGAGCCCAAGUAUGUAAUUCUCAUGUAAUAAUAGUGCCAGGCCUCGUAUAGCCUUUCACGUAUUUUUCAGAGCUGAAUGGUACUGUACUCGUUUAUAGAAAAAGAAAGUGUAAUGUUAUAUAAAUAAAUGUUUUUAUUUCU